CUGAGCCCCGGGCCUGCAGCCGCUGCCGCCGCCGCCGCCGCCAGGACUCCCUGUCAGCCCGACUGUCCCUGCCACCCGAAGAGCUGGCGCCGUCAUGGGGCAGGCACUUCGAGGAUCGACCCUCUUCGCGCCCCUCCGCCUCCCCUCCCCUCCCCUCCGCCCAAGUUCUGACCCGGAGAAGGUUCUCCCGGAGCAGACAGGUGGUGUUUGGACACUAGACCAUGUGCCUAGGUAGUUUUUCCUUUCUCCGCAGCUCUACUCCCCCAGCAACGCUCACCACACCCUUGUUUUGAGAACCUCACUAAGCCCUUGCCAGCAUCCAGCCAUGGGGGAUAUGAAAACCCCAGAUUUUGAUGACCUUCUGGCUGCCUUCGACAUCCCAGACCCUACCAGCCUUGAUGCCAAGGAGGCCAUCCAGGCUCCCAGUGAGGAGAAUGAGAGUCCCCUCAAGCCAUCAGGCAUGUGUAUAGAUGAGAGUGUGUCCUUGUCUCACUCAGGAUCAGCUCCAGAUGUGCCGGUCGUGAGUGUCAUUGUCAAGAACACCAGCCGCCAGGAGUCAUUUGAAGCAGAGAAAGACCACAUUGCUCCCAGCCUCCUCCACAAUGGAUUCCGGGGCUCAGACCUGCCUCCAGACCCCCACAACUGUGGAAAAUUUGAUGCUACUUUCAUGAAUGGAGACAGUUCUCGGAGUUUCCCUGGGAAGCUGGAGCCKCCUAAGUCAGAGCCAUUACCCACCUUCAACCAGUUCAGUCCAAUUUCCAGCCCAGAACCUGAGGAUCCCAUCAAAGAUAAUGGGUUUGGGAUAAAGCCUAAACAUUCUGACAGUUAUUUCCCACCCACUCCUGGGUGCGGGGCUGUGGGGGGUCCAGUCCUGGAAGCUUUGGCCAAGUUUCCAGUCCCAGAGCUGCACAUGUUUGAUCACUUUUGUAAGAAAGAACCGAAGCCAGAACCCCUGUCUCUAGAGAGCCACGAGGAGCGCGAGCGAGUUGGGCCGAAGGUGGAGCCUCACGAGGAGCUGGAUUCCAGUCGAUUCUUUGGAGAAGCUCUGGGUUUCAAUAGUCACCCUAGCAACAGUAUCGGAGAGCCUAAGAAACUUGUCCCAGAUCUUGGUACCCGCUCAUCAGUCCCCCCUAGGCAGCGUCUUAAGCCCGCUCAUUCCAAAUUGUCCUCUUGUGUUGCAGCCUUGGUGGCCCUGCAAGCAAAAAGGGUGGCUAGUGUUACCAAGGAGGAUCAGUCUGGCCACACAAAGGAUCCCUCUGGGCCCACUAAAGAGGGUUCUAAAGGCAGCCCCAAAAUGCCCAAGUCACCAAAGAGUCCCCGGAGCCCUCUGGAGGCCACUAGAAAAAGUAUCAAGCCAUCAGACAGCCCUCGGAGCAUUUGCAGUGACAGCAGUAGCAAAGGCUCCCCUUCAGUGGCUGCCAGCUCCCCACCAGCAAUUCCCAAAGUUAGAAUCAAAACCAUUAAAACAUCAUCAGGGGAGAUCAAACGGACAGUUACCAGGAUUUUGCCAGACCCUGAUGAUCCAAAUAAGUCCCCUAUCGGGUCACCUGUAGGGAGUGCCAUUGCUGAGGCCCCAAGCGAGGUGCCAGGGGAUGAGGGUACAGCUGUGCCUGUAGAGGAGCACUUUCCUGAGGUAGGCAUAAAUUCAGGGAGUCCCCAGAGUGACAAGAAAGAAGAUGAAAGCAUGACAAAGGCUGUUGACUCUACAUCUCCCUGCUGUAGCUCUGGGCCCCGGGUCCCAAAGGGGGCUGCCUCCAGCUCACAGGUGGGCAGGAAGCAACAGAGCACAGCACUGCAGGCAUCAACCCUGGCCCCUGCCAAUCUUCUGCCCAAAGCCGUGCACCUGGCCAACCUGAACCUGGUCCCCCACAGUGUUGCUGCAUCUGUGACGGCCAAGUCCUCAGCCCAGAGACGGAACCAGCCUCAGCUUACACAAAUGUCGGUGCCCCUGGUCCACCAGGUGAAAAAGGCUGCCCCUCUGAUUGUGGAGGUCUUCAAUAAGGUCCUCCACAGUUCCAACCCUGUGCCCCUCUACGCGCCAAAUCUCAGCCCACCUGCAGACAGCAGGAUCCACGUGCCGGCCAGUGGGUACUGCUGCCUGGAGUGUGGAGAUGCAUUUGCCUUAGAGAAGAGUCUAAGCCAGCACUAUGGCCGGCGGAGUGUCCACAUUGAGGUGCUGUGCACACUGUGCUCCAAGACACUGCUCUUCUUCAACAAGUGCAGCCUGCUCCGUCAUGCCCGUGACCACAAGAGCAAGGGGCUCGUCAUGCAGUGUUCUCAGCUGCUUGUGAAACCCAUCUCUGCGGACCAGAUGUUCGUGUCGGCUCCUGCAAACUCCACGGCACCAGCAACCCCAGCCCCUUCCUCCUCCCCCAAACAUGGCCCCACUUUGGGCAGUACCAGCCCCAGCCCCCCACCUCCAGCCUUUCCUCUUUACCCAGACCCUGUGAGGCUCAUCCGGUAUGGAACCAAAUGUCCUGAAUGUCACAAGCAGAUGAGGGACUACAUGGUCCUGGCUGCACAUUUCCAGAGGACAACAGAGGAAACCGAGGGGCUGACCUGCCAGGUGUGCCAGAUGCUGCUGCCCAACCAGUGCAGUUUCUGUGCCCACCAGCGGAUUCAUGCACACAAGUCCCCCUACUGCUGUCCAGAGUGUGGGGUCCUCUGUCGCUCUGCCUACUUCCAGACCCAUGUAAAGGAGAAUUGCCUGCACUAUGCCCGUAAGGUGGGCUACAGGUGUAUCCACUGUGGUGUUGUCCAYCUGACCUUGGCCUUGCUGAAAAGCCACAUCCAGGAGCGACACUGUCAGGUUUUCCACAAAUGUGCAUUCUGCCCCAUGGCCUUCAAGACUGCCAGCAGUACCGCGGACCACAGUGCCACCCAGCACCCCACACAGCCCCACAGACCCUCCCAGCUCAUUUAUAAGUGCUCCUGUGAAAUGGUCUUCAACAAGAAGAGGCACAUUCAGCAGCAUUUUUACCAGAAUGUCAGCAAGGCGCAGGCAGGCGUCUUCAAGUGCCCUGAGUGCCCACUCCUAUUCCUACAGAAGCCAGAGUUGAUGCAACACGUCAAGAGCACCCACGGUGUUCCCCGAAACGUGGACGAGCUAUCAAGCCUCCARUCUUCAGCGGACACGUCCUCCAGCCGCCCUGGCUCCCGAGUUCCCACUGAGUCCCCAGCUACCAGUGUGGCUGGACGGGGCAGUUCCCUGCCCUCUGGCCGCUGGGGUAGGCCCGAAGCCCAUCGCAGGGUUGAAGCUAGGCCUCGGCUGAGGAACACUGGCUGGACCUGCCAGGAGUGCCAGGAAUGGGUUCCCGAUCGAGAAAGCUAUGUGUCCCACAUGAAAAAGAGUCAUGGUCGGACAUUGAAGCGGUACCCGUGUCGGCAGUGUGAACAGUCGUUCCACACCCCUAACAGCCUGCGCAAACACAUCCGCAACAACCAUGACACAGUAAAGAAGGUCUAUACUUGUGGGUACUGCUCUGAGAACAGCCCCAGCUUUCCUCGGCCCUCACUCCUAGAGAGCCACAUCAGCCUUAUGCAUGGCAUCAGAAACCCUGACUUGAGCCAGACAUCCAAAGUCAGACCUCCAGGUGCACAUUCCCCUCAGGUGAACCAUCUGAAAAGACCAGUCAGCGCAGCAGGGAAUGCUCCAGGCACCAGCAAUGGCACGACUGUCUCUUCCAACAAAAGGCACAAGUCUCUUUUUCAGUGUGCAAAAUGUAGCUUUGCCACAGACUCGGGGCUCGAGUUUCAGAGCCACAUACCUCAGCACCAGGUGGACAGCUCCACAGCCCAGUGUCUUCUCUGUGGCUUGUGCUAUACCUCUGCCAGCUCUCUCAAUCGCCAUCUCUUCAUUGUCCACAAAGUGAGAGACCAGGAGGAAGAGGAAGAGGAGGAGGAGAUAGUGGAAGUGAAGGUGGAGGCAACAGAGCCGGAGGAGGGCUCUGGGGAGGAGGUGGCCAUGGAAACUAGAGAAAAUGGACUAGAAGAAUAUGCUGGUGAGCCUUUGUCAGCUGAUCCAGGGGCAAGGAGAUCAUUAGGCCUGGCCCCAGAGGAGGACAGUGCCCAAGAUGCUCAGAGUCAACCCCAGGCCUCUCAGGACCAGGACAGCCAUGCACUAUCCCCUCAGGUGUGACUGGAAGCUUUGCAAUGUGUGCGGUCAGGGUGGGCCACGGUAUCCUUCACCUGCCGUGCAGACUGUGGGAAAUAAAAGGCUCUGCCCUGGUGUGUGCGUGGCCACUGUGCCCUAGAGCAGUGUCUGCUCUGAGCUGUGGGUCCUGGGUGUCCCCUAACCCCAGGAAAUAUGGGGUCACCCAGGACCCUCACAGCUCUGAAUUUGCUUCUGUUAUUUAUGCCUUUGUGCUGCUUCUUGGUACCCCAACUCUUGUCUGUGUCCUUCCAACCCCAGGCUGCUGUGUGGCCCAACUCCAGUGCUGUCAACUCAGUUYGAAACCCCUCUGCGUCUGCUCUUCUAGGAGGCUCCUGCUUGCUGUCUUUAGCCAGGAGACUCCUCAGAGCUCUAUUUGCCUGCAGAUACUAGCUCUCCUUCCUUCCUUCAGAGCCUGAGAAGGAGCAGAAUGAGGGGUGCUGACAGUCCCUCUAGGAGAGCUCUUCCCAGCCUGGCUUGGCCAGGGYCCUUGGUCACCUUGCCCUUCCUUCCUGUCUUUGAAUCUUUUCCUCAAAAAUAGUCUCGAGAACUAAUUGUUAUACUGGCUCAUCAUGUCUCUGUGGGUGGGAGAAACUUCAGCAUACCCCUGUUUGAAACCAGGGACAGCAGGAGGUAUGGCAAAGGCAGGUGCCGAGAKCCAGAUCUCCUUCAGAAGGAGCUGUGGGUGGGUCUUUGCACUGCUGCUGUCUGCCUUCCUUGACAAGUGGGGUUCGGGGCACACAGACAUUGGAAUAUUUGUAUUCUUGCUCCUGUGCCAUUAGAGAGGCUGCUGCCCCAGGCAGACCAGCCCUCCUCCUCUUGGCUACACUCAUGUUGCUCAGACUAUAUUUCAAAUAAAAAAAUCUUCUUACCAUACAGGUAGGCUCUUGUAUUCCUCUUCAAGUGAGCCUGGCCCUUCCCUGCUCCACCUGAGGGUCUAUCCCCCAGACUUCCGUUGUUUAUUCCAUCUCUGAGGGAAAAUAAUGCUUCCUAUUGUCCGAGGAAGAUCCUCUAGAUUCUGGCACUUGUGGUGAGGAAACCGGGAACCCCAUACUUCUUGGUUCUCUAGAGACCUUCUGAAGGAACAGGGGGAGGUCUCAGUGCCAGUCAAGUCACCUUYCAGGUCUCCCCUGGGCUAGUGCCUUAAGGCCUAUCAAACUUCUCUGAGCGUCUCCAUCUUUCUUACAUAGUAAUUUUCAAUCUAGUGUAACCUUCUGCUGGUAAAGGGACGAACAGGAGGAAUUCUGUAAUUCUCUGGCAGCAUUCGAGACCUUGGUCUGUUUUCUGCCACAGAGAACUCGGAUGUGGCAGAAUAGGGAUUAGACUGGGGAGGUAGGUCUGUCCUUUCACUGGUGGUGGAUUUAGAACCUGCCCAAGCACAAGGAGUAGGCUGUCCUCUGUCAUCUGACCCAAGUGGCCUGGGCCCAGGCCCAGUAGGAUCUAGUACUGGCUAAGUACUCAGAGGUGAUCUUUAAGGGGAGGCAAUUAUAAAUUAAGUCAGAUAAAUAUGUCUU